CGUGUCCGUUCCAGCUGAGAGGGAGAGAGAGAGAGAGAGAGAACGGUCGGACGUGGACGUCGCACGGCCCAGAAACUAACCCGAGCCCGUGCGCCCGUGACUAUUGGAUCCACCGGAUGCACAAAAGUACAGACAGAGAAAGAGGAAACGACCCCUCCUCCUCCUCCUCCUCUUCACCCUCCUCCUCCUCAGCAGAGCCCGACAGCAGAAGAGAGAAACACCAAUUCAACUUGUCAUCUGACUAACUCAGCCGCCGCUUUCGUCGCUGUGUGUGUAUGUGUGCGUGUUUUUCUACACACCUCUGGUGUUUUGUUUUGACCGAGGUUUGUUGCUUUGCAACUAUUUUGUCUUCUUUUUGAGCUUUGGACAAUUGACUCGGGGAGAUUACUCUACAAGUUUUGUUUUAAUUGCAACAUUUCCCUGCCUCUGCAGUUGUCUCGUUGUAAUUCUUUCACGCCUCUGCGAUUUUUCUUUCUAUUUUUUUUAUUAUUUUAUGGACAGUAAUCCCACUCAUACGCUCUGACUGUCCCUCCCACACUGCUCCUCUGAGAAUAACAGCCUGCUCUGCUGCACAGUUUCAACAACACACGGCUACAAUGGAAUAUUUCGACGAAAAUAUUUCUGCAAGCAAAUAAGGAACUCCUUAUAACUACAAGGGAAAGAGUCAUACAGCAUACUUGUGCUAUUGGUAGUUACUCCUCUCAGAUACCCUCGCCCCUCUGAGUGCCCCAGGUGAUUUUUUUCCUGCGCCCCCGUCUGGUCCAGGAUGUCCAGGCAGCUCUCUCAGCUACCGACCCCCGACCUACCAGCAGGAGCGAGCCCACAGUUUGGAGGUUGCACUCAGCCCGCUGGCUCCCUCACUGGGACCAUGGCAGGUCUGAAAUCCCUGCUGCAACACCCCAUGAAGGGAGACCAGAACAUAAAAACCCCCUGUGAGGCGAAAGACAAAGACAGACUGGACCUUGAUGAGGACUCCUUGGGAGUGUGCCCCAUGAGGAAUGGCACUGGAACAGGCAGCAGUAAUAACAGUAAUGGCUGUGCAGGAGGAGGAGGAGGGGAGGAGGGCGGUAGUGGUGGUGGCGGCAAUGGAGGAGGAAGUUUCAACCAGUUCUUGGGGCCUCUUAUGUGGGAUCGCACCCUGCCUGCAGAUGGGGGCCUCUUCCAGCUUCAAUACAUGGACUUGGAGGAGUUUCUAACUGAAAAUGGAAUGGGCAGCAUGCAUAACAACAACAGCUCCAGCUCAGCCCAGAUACCCUCACAGAGUUCCCCAUCAGCUGUGCCCAGCCAGAGCUCUCAGUGCCUACCACCCUCAUCUCCACCCGGCUCUUCAUCCUCCUCGCCAUCAUCCUCUUCUUCCCCGUCACUCAUCGGCUUGGAGGUAGUUCAGCCCCAGAGCCUCGCUGGAGGGAACGACUGUCUGCAUGGGAGUCAAACAAAUAUGAAUGAGUCCUGUGAGUCACCCUCCCCCUCCUCCUCCUCCUCAUCCUCCUGUCCACCUCUGCUGACGCCCACGGGCAGCGGGCCUGAUGGAGCUGGAAUGUUUGACAUGGAUUCUUCGGACAUGGCGAUGUCCAGCUCCUCGAGCCAGCAAGACUAUGACCCCAGGAGGCACUCGUUCAGCGAAGAGGAGCUCAAGCCACAGCCAAUGAUCAAGAAGGCCCGCAAAGUCCUGGUACCUGACAACAUGAAGGAUGAGAAGUACUGGACCAGGAGAUACAAAAACAACGAAGCAGCGAAGCGCUCCCGGGACGCUCGCCGUCUCAAGGAGAACCUGAUAACCGUGCGCGCUGCCUACCUGGAGAGAGAGAACGCCGCGCUCCGACAGGAAGUGGCCGAGAUGCGGAAGGAACUUGGCCGCUGUCGCAACAUUCUUAGUAAAUACGAGAACCGCCUCGCCGAUCAGUGAUGAAGGCACGGAGCGGAACGAGGAAGACGAGGAGGAACAUAAGCUGGAUUCAAAUUGAGACUGAAUUUUUAGGAUGGACAGAACGUGGUCAGGAUAAUGAGGAGGAGGAAGACGAUGAUUAUGAUGAUGAUGAAUGUAUAAGACGAGGAGAAGGUUUGUGCGUUGAAGCUCAGGUGUCUUGUUUUGUUGAGGUGUCAGCUCUUUAAUGUCAUAGAUGGAGAGAAUAAUUUAACAGAAGAAAGAUGUGACGUUUAAGAGUUUUGUUAUUGGAGAAUUGUAUAUUUUUAUAAUACUUAUGAUAAAUUAGAGGGAGAGCAAAUUUGGUGAAUAAUUUUGUAUAUUUUCUACCUGACUGGGACAAUAGAGAUAACGGGGAGAGCUAUGGUAAAUAUCUUUUUAUUAUAGAUGAGGCAGGAGCUGUUUCACAGGUGGUCAGCCAUCGAUGGGUAUUUUUUCAACUUGAUUAUUGUCGUCAGGAUGCAGCAGCAGCAGCAGCAGCGGCAGCAGCAGCAGUGGAAUAACAGUUGUAAUAUAGAGAGCAAAAUUAUCUCAGAAUCGUGUAGUACAAUAUUUUUGUGGAUUUUACUCAAGCACUUAAUUUUUUUUUUCUUCCUGUUAUGUUUCUGUCACUGGGAAUGGACAUGCAAGGAAGAGAGACAUGAGGAGACACGAUGUGAACACUAUCCUCUGCACUACUUUUUUAACACUUCACCCUUUUGAAUUGACUCCAGCCCCUCAAAAACCAUUAUGUCCUCGUACUUUGAGCUCGUAUAUGAGACUGGUACACAUUUUUCUUGUCCAUUUUUGUAUCUCUGGCUCGAUCUCUCCCUCCCAGCGCAGUGGGAGUGCUUUAAAUCCGUCUGUUGUGAAGUCCAGGGGAAACUCGGCUCCUCUUGAUCCGCUCUUUGAAACAUCGGCACAUUUCCUUUGACCUCUAUCCCGAUUCGAUCUCUCUUUCUUUUUUUCAGUCCUUUCACAUUUCCGUGCGCUCUUUCCAUGACACCCUGCCCUCAUGUCUCUCUUGUACCUCGACAGUACUUGGAGAGAGUUGAGUCUCAGUGUUGUAAUAUAUUCUAAAAUAGUAAUCAACCUUCCCCGUAAAAUGCACAUCGUUACUUUACUGUACUUUAUGAACACACUAACAUUAGCAUUAUUAUUACGAGGGGGUGUAUAUUGGAUAGGCCUGUGCUAUGUUGUGUAUUUGAUGUAUUCCAGGAGAUGGGUUUGAAAACCCCCAUUGAGCGGAAUGGUGUUAAUUUCUCAGAUUUCUGGGAGAAAUAAAAGCCAAAAUUUCCCAUGUUGAUCCACAAAGCUUGUUGCUAUGUAGUGCUUUAUUCCAGUACUGCUCCUUCCUUACUGUUUACUCCUAUUAUUACUCCUUACUUUAUACUGUAUCUAUGAACUUCUCUGUGUGCCCACAUCACCUACACAGGGGCAUGGUACACUAUGUUAUGUUCGUGGGGGAGGGAUGACUAGUACUAGCGUGUGAUUUUAAUCCCCUUAAUGACCAUGAUGAAUAGGUACCAUUACUGCUAUUGUUAUUGUUAUGAUUAUGAUGAUUAUCCCUCUUAUUAUUGCUGUUCUAUAUUACUGAAUUAUUUUUCUUUCUUUGGAUGAACAUGGUCUGUUGCACCUUGAACCAUAUUUGACAUUCAUCGUUCCUCAUAAAGACUAUUCAAACGGAGAAGAAAAGCGAAACCCUCACUCUCCUUUUGUUGUCCUACGUCAGACCUCCAGACAUUUAACGUUACUCACUCCUGCUUCAGACACUACUGCCACCUUGGGUCCUGUGACCAUGGAUUUUUUAUGAACGUGGCUCAGUGGCGCGAACGUGAUGCUCAUGCAGACCUACAGUACUUUCACGACGACCUCUUCUCCUGCCCAGCGGUGUAUGGACUAUGCACACUGUCAAUAUGCUCCUUGUUGGUUUCUUUCAGCCUUUAUCACCUCAAUCAGUGACCCAGCAGGUUUAAGUCUCUAAAAUCACCACAGAUGUGGCUGAUAAAUCGUCUGGUGACUUGAACUGAACUACAACUGCCCUGCUGCAUCAGUGGUGUCCCUGGUGCCUGGCACACAAUGUGCUGGAGAUUUGGAUGUUGUUGAGAUUUCCCAAAAACACCAAUAAAAGAUUGUUCUCAUUCA